ACAAACACUUCCUUGCUUGCAGAGGUUUUUAAUAGUUUCAGGGACAAGUUUGGGAACUUCAAGAAGUCUUUAUGUGAGGAUACCAAGGGACUUCUUUCAUUGUAUGAAGCUUCAUAUCUCUUAAUGGAGGAUGAAAGUAUAUUGGAAGAAGCUAGAGAUUUCACAGCUAAACAUCUCAAAGAAAGGCUCAAGAAGGAGAGCAUAGAUCCAAAUCUUGGCAUGCUUGUGAGUCAUGCUUUGGAGCUCCCAUUACAUUGGGCAAUGCCAAGAAUGGAGGCAAGGUGGUUCAUUGAUUCAUAUGAGAGGAGAUUGGACAUGAAUGCCAAGUUGCUUGAGUUUGCCAAAUUGGAUUUCAACAUGUUACAAGCAAUUCACCAAGAAGACCUAAAACAUGCAUCAAGGUGGUGGGAAAGCACAGGUUGGGGGAAAAAGUUGCCCUUUGUUAGGGACAGGGUGGUGGAGAAUUAUUUAUGGUCUCUGGGAGAGGCUUUUGAGCCUAAGUUCCAAAAUUUUAGGAGCAUGGAAACAAGGAUCAAUAUAUUGGCCACAUGUGUUGAUGAUGUUUAUGAUGCUUAUGGUACCUUGGAUGAGCUCCAACUUUUCACCAAUGCCAUUGACAGAUGGGAUGUCAAUGCAGUUGAACAACUUCCAGACUAUAUGAAGAUAUGCUUCCUUGGUUUAUUCAAUACCAUUAAUGAAAUGGCUUAUGUCACUCUUAAGGAACAUGGUGUCCAUAUCCUCCGAUACCUUAAAAAUAAGUGGCGAGAUUUAUGUCAAUGUUACAUGAAGGAAGCAAGAUGGUCUUACAGUGGAUACAUGCCAACACUUGAAGAGUACCUUGACCAUGCAUGGACUUCAUCCUCUGUUCCUACAUUACUAACACAUGCUUAUUUUCUAAGUACAAAUGCCAUAACCAGCGAGGAGUUGGAAUGCAUAGAAAAGUGCGAUGACAUAAUUAAGUGGUCAUCAAUGGUUGCAAGACUUGCAGAUGAUUUGGGAACAUCAUGGGAUGAGGUAAAACGAGGUGACAUUCCUAAAUCAAUCCAAAUUUACAUGCACGAAACUGGUGUUUCUGUAGAAGAUGCCAAAGAACACAUAAACUAUUUGAUUAGUGAGGCAUGGAAGAAGAUCAAUGAAGCUCGGGUUUUGGACUCUUCCAUCAAUGGCACUUUUGUUGAGAUUGUAACAAACAUGGCUAGGGUUUCCCAAUUCAUGUACCAACAUGGAGAUGGCCAUGGACAUGAUAUUGGAGGGAAGAACAAAGAACGUGUCACUUUGUUGCUCAUUGAUCCCAUUCCCCUUAAAUAGAUAAAUCGUGCUUUAAGUUAAAGAAUAAAUUAUAGAGG